AGGGCAUCAGGGCCAGGGGCUGUGAUGGGGCUGGAGCCCAGCAGGUUGGGGCCGCCCUGCUCCUGCGCCUGCGCCUGCUCCCUGGGCGGGGAUGGAAGUCCGGGGGAGGCUCCUGGCACCUGGGGUGCAAGAAUUUCAGGCACGUGGCCCUGAGCCCGUAUUCUGGAGAUUGGCGUCCUCCCCAGGGCUGGGAGGUUGCAUAGAGCCCAAAUUCAGACUUGGGACUCUGGGGUGGCUGGGCUGGCAUCUAGGGGUUCGGCGGCCUCUCUCUCAGCCCUGGCUGUGGGGCCUGGCACUGGCCUGCCCUGCACUAGAUCGCUACCCAGCCCCCUCCCCGAGGUGGGCUGGCCUGGUGGGAGGGGUGGGGGGGUUCAUUUACAUUUUCAGGUCUUUCCAGCUCUCGGCCAGCCUGGCAGCCUGACUAACCAGCUCCUCCAGGCCCAAGGAGAGGGUGGGGGCUGCAGCAGGAGGCAGCCAGACCAGCCCCAGGCUGUGGAAGUGGAAGAAGGCCUGUGGUCAGGCGGCCAUCAUGGGGCUCCUCCAGAGACAGCCUCACCCUCGGCUGCUGCUCCUCGUGGUGGCGCUGGUCUGGCCCCAGCCCUGCAUGAGCCUGGAGCUGAUCCCCUACACGCCGCGGAUAACAGCCUGGGACCUGGAAGGAAAGGUCACGGCCACCACGUUCUCCCUGGAGCAGCCGCGCUGUGUCCUGGACGGGCGUGCCAGUGGUGCCGACACCGUCUGGCUGGUGGUGGCCUUCAGCAAUGCCUCCAGGGACUUCCAGAACCCUCAGACGCUGGCUGAGAUCCCAGCCUCCCCACAGCUGCUGACCGAUGGCCACUAUAUGACGCUGCCCCUGUCCCUGGACCAGCUGCCCUGCAAGGACCCCGUGGAUGGCAGCAGCGCCCCCGUGCUGCGGGUGGGCAAUGACCCUGGCUGCCUUGCUGACCUCCACCAGCCACCUUACUGCAACGCCCCCCUCCCUGGCCCUGGGCCGUACAGGGUGAAGUUCCUUCUGACGGAUGCCAGGGGCUCACCCCAGGCCGAGACCAGGUGGUCCGACCCCAUCGCUCUCCACCAAGGUAGUGCUGGUGGGGGAGGGGGUGUCUGGCUCCAGUCUGGCCUGUGUGGACUGGUCACCCCUACAAAAUGGUCAUCGUUGGCCAGUCCAUCCCCCUGCUGCUAUGGGACUGGGGGCCUGGAGGCAGUGUCCAAAUCAGGCCCACCCCCGAAAAAGAACCUAGCGCUGGAGGGGAAGUCCCCAGGCUCCAUCGACACGUGGCCAGGGCGGCGGAGUGGUGACAUGAUCAUCAUCACCUCCAUCCUCUCUUCUCUGGCCUGCCUCCUACUCUUGGCCUUCCUGGCUGCCUCCACUGUGCGCUUUUCCAGCCUGUGGUGGCCUGAGGAGGCCCCGGAGCAGCUGCGGAUCGGCUCCUUCAUGGGCAAGCGCUACAUGACCCACCACAUCCCGCCCAGCGAGGCCACCACCCUGCCUGUGGGCUGUGAGCCUAGCCUGGACUCCCUCCCCAGCCUCAGCCCCUAGCCUGGCCUGUGUGGCUGGGCCUGGGGCAGUGGGGGUGAGGGGCGACAGUGCACCAGGCUCCUUGCCAGCCUCUGCAUCCACAUGCUCCCUACCCCAUCACACUCCCCCACCCCACCCCAGGGCCUGGAGUCACCGCUAGCAGCCCUGCCUUUGGCUUUCCCGUUCCCCACCUUCUCCAGGCAAUUGAAGUUGCCUUUAGGGGAGUUGAGGGGAGGGCCACGGUCCGGCUGGGCGUCCAGCCCCCUCUUCCACCUCUGCCUCUGUUCUGCCUGGCCUCCUGCGAGUGCGAGGCUGGAGGUGAUGUGGAGAGGCUGCCCUGACCCCAAGCUUCCAGGCCCAGGAGGACGCCUGCAGGGCCCUUCUCUGCCCUGGGCAGGGGGCUGGCCGGGCCCGUCAUGGGGUGUGUGGGGUCUGAGCCACCCUCUGUCCCUGUGUCCCACCACCCAGCAGCUGGGGCUGCAGUCAAGCCUUUAGAGUCCCCUCCAUUGUCACUGGGAGUGAGCCCUUGCUGAGGGUGGCCCUCCCCGGCUGGAAGGUGGACAGAGUGUAGACGUCUGUCCAUUAUGACCAUCCGGGCACUGCUUCCAACCCCCUUGCACACAGAUGGCUCACUGCUCAUCCAGUCACUCCACAAACAUUUAUUGAGCGCCUGCUGUAUGCCACGCAGUGUUAGACAUGGGACCUCAGGCACAGUCGGUCGAUUCACUCUGCUCUGGGCAUCAGAUGACCACCGGUCCAGAUGUGACCUGUUACUGCUGGGGGGCUGUCACGCCCUCAGAUUGUCACAUACCCUGGGGCUCACACUCCCUCAGACAACCACCCCAGUGGGCUCUCUCAGGCUUAGGAGCGCGCCCCGCCCCCUCCCCAUCACCGGGGAGGUCCUGCUUCAGACGCCCCCGGGCAUCCGUCUGCCCCAAGGCCGCUGGUGGCCACACGAGGGCGCGAGUGCACCGCAGCCGCACGGCCCUGCGCAUGCGCACUCCUCUCCACGGACCCGCAAGGCUGUAGGCCGCGGGUUCAGGUUUGGUGACCUGAUGUCGCAGAGCGGAUCAAGCCGGAGGGAUCAGCGCUCCCGCCUGAGAGCCUCUUGUGCCGUCCAGUCCUCGCAGACGCCACGGUCUAGAUGGAGAAACUGAGGCUCCGUGACCUGCCCCCGCGCUCUUCCACGGGCUGCCCACCCCGUGUCCCUGGGCGGGUCCCGGUCUCCCAGUGUGACCGGGGCUCCCAGCACUCAGACCCUCGCGGAGGGCCCGGUGGUGGCCAGUAGGGGUGCCCCGUCUUUGGAGCUAAAUAAAUACGGUCCGCCUCUUCCAUCACCUCCGAGCGGUGGCCGCGUGGUGUGGGGAGAGGAGCAUUUGCGCGUGGACCCAGCCCGGGCUCGCUGUGCCCAGCCGGCCCGCCACCACCCCCUGGGCUGCCCUGAGCUGUCCCCUUGAUUGCUAUCCCGACUUGUACUUUGGAAGAGGGGAGCCGGGGAAACCCACCUGUGUGCUGCUGGCCAGGAAGCCGGCCACUA